AUGCCCUCCCUCAAAGACAUCCUCCACAAACGCGACGACCUGAGCACCAGCAGCAAACCCCAAGAACCACCACCGUUUCCAACCACCCCUCCAACCCCCGAAUUCAAAUUCAUCCGCUCCGAUACCAUCUCCCAAGAAAUCCUCACCCCGCCCGAAGGCGCAUCCGCCACCACACCUGACCUUCAGCAUGACUCGCCCGCAUCCGCAUCCGCCUCCCCACGCCGGAGCUUGAGCUUCGGGCUCUUCCGCCGCGCAUCACGCUCCCCAUCCGUCUCUUCAGGCCUCGGAUCCGUGUCCGGACCUUCGCCUCCACAGUCCUCACGAGGCGAGAACCGCCUCUCGAGCCUCUUCCACAACCAACGCAGCAACAGCACCUCGCGCAGUACGAGUCGGGCCUCGGUCAAUAUCCCCUCGGAUCUCCCGCAGAUCAUUGAUGAGGGGGAUGGCGAUAAGCAGGAUCGUGAGAGCCAGUGGGAGAAGAGGGCGACCAUGCUCGUGCAGCAAAAUCCGAACUUCCUGGCCUCUGGAUUAUCGUCCCCUUCGCCGGAAGAAGCUCAUGGCGGCGGCGGGGAUUAUUUGCAGGUUGGGACGCUGAAGGCGCGCGAGCGGAAUUCGAGUAUUACGACUCCGACUCGGGAGGAAGAUAUCAAUAUCCAAGAAGCUAUUCGAUUACAUGAAUCCGGAGAUCUAGAACGAUCAACCCAAAUGUUCGGCCGCCUCGCCGACCCAAAUGGCGCCAACAACGCCCUCAGCCAAGUCCUCUACGGUCUGGCCCUACGGUACAACCCCCCUCUUCCCUCUCCCCCUCUACCACUUCUACAUGAUACAUUCACCAAACACCAUGCUAAAACUAAAAAUCAAAGCCAUGGAUGGGGCUGCCCCCCAAACCCAACCCUAGCAAUAACAUACCUCCGCUCGGCAGCAUCUAACAGCGCAGCAAUCGAAUCCGAAGCUCUGCGCGCGGGGAUGAAAAAAGGUGGCGCCGCAAAGGGCGAGCUGGUCCUCGCUAUCUUUGAGCUGGCGAACUGUUUCCGCAAUGGCUGGGGCGUCGAGAAGGAUCCUGCUGCGGCACGGCAGUAUUAUGAGACGGCGGCGAAUUUGGGGGAUACUGAUGCCAUGAAUGAGGCGGCAUUUUGCUUUUUGGAGGGGAUUGGGGGGAAGAAGGAUAAGUUUGCGGCGGCCAAGUAUUAUAGGUUGGCGGAGGUGAAUGGGUGUCCUACGCUUGGGAAUUCAUGGAUCUGGAAGGAGAAGUAUAACCCCAAAUAA